UUGAGAAUCAUACUUAGGUAGCCUGGGUUUCACUGCUGGUUUGUGGGUGUUUGUUGCCACACGGUACUGUUUCGGUUUUUGAAGAUUACACGUUAUCGUUUGUUUUUGUUAUGGACACUUACCACGCUGCAUCUUGGUCCGAUACUUACUCCUCUUCAGAAGAAGAGGAGAUAUGCCGUUACGGGAACAUUGCCUUUAAAUUUAAAUCGCUCUAUAGUAUGGAUCUUCUGCAGUAUGGAUUUAAUCUUAACCUACUACAAUAACCUAACCAUAACAUGGUGAGAACUAAAGCUAAAUAUGCUACGAAGCAUGUACAGAAGUUCAGAGACACCUGGAAAUCUCUAUUUGCAGAAGAUUAAGAUAAGCAUCAGCUGUUUUCUUCCUUUACUCAUCUUUCAUAGACCUGUUUUACGGCGCAAGGGAGGAAGCCACUCAAUAACAAACAAUAACUUUCGAAAAACAUAUGUUGCAAUGGUCAGUCUGAGUAAAUGUUUCAUUCUGUUCCCCCUAGGAGUCGGCCGCCUACACUCAUCCUGAACAUGCUGUAUAUAUGUCUGAUCUCUGCUACCAUCUAGUGUCUCCAGUGCAUCUCAACACCAAUGAACAAGGAAAACAACCACUGGUUCCUUGUUCUAGUCCCUAACACCUUGGUGUUUUCAGAUCUCUAGGAACUGGAUAGAUAUGAGUUCCAUUAAGUCCAUUACCAAUCACCAUAUUGCUUACACUUAUCCAUUCUCUUCAGAUCUGAAAGUGGUGUCCUGGGAGAAGAGGCUAAUAUGGGCUCGGGGUCAUUUGACUGGACAAGGCAAUGUCACAUUGUAAAGGUUACAAGGACACCUACAGUAUGUUGUGUAUAGGCCCUGUGUGACUGGGUCUUAUGAACUUCAGGCCUUACUCCGAUGAGUGCUGGAUGCUAGCGAAUGGAGUGUAGGGUUUCUGCUUGUCUAUUGUUGCCAGUGUAAGCUGAUCUGUUACCUGCUCCCUCAAUACAGGAAUGCGAGCCUGGUUCGCCUGUGUGUUAUCGUGUGCAUGUUUGCGUGCACGUGUGUUUGAUUGUGUACGUGGUGAGGCAGAGGGCCCAUCCCAUCAGCCCAAUAGAUGAUAAUAAGCUCUCUCUACCCCUGAGAACCCCAUUGUUCUCUGUAGCCUCUUUAAUAUGUAACACGCUCCAUUGACAGGCCUAUGAGUGUGAGUUCACAGGGACGGGCAGCCUGAAAUAUUAAACGGCCUGAGGAGCCGCUGCAGGCUCAAAUUGUUUGCUCAUCAUUAGAGCAGCUUCUGUGGAAGAGUAGAGCUGAACAACAGGGGAGAUAAAGGGAGGAAGACCUACCCUCCAGGGGAUUGUACUAGAGACAACAGGAACUAGGCUAUGUAAUAAGUUCAUCACUCUACUAUCUGACCCUAUACUGUAGUGUCGAUUUAGUUUGCCAGUAAAGGAGAACAACACUGGACUGGUCCUGGGACGGAGGUUGCUUUGAAAACAGAAGUCAUGGCAGGUCUCCAGGGAACUACCAAGGACCUUUAGGAGGUUUGGAGGACAAACCAGAAGGAUGGAGGAGGAAGCCCCAGUACCUGAUGCCCCAGACUUUCAUGCCCCAGAAGCCCCCGCAGAGGCCCCUGACAUAGAGGCCCCAGAAGAUCCCCCUGUAGAGAGUGGUGUGUCGGCCAGAGGAGUUCCACCAUCCAGAGACAGCCGUAAACUGGACUGUAUCAUCUGCUUCUGUGCCUUCAACCUGGCUGAGAGGCUGCCACGCAAGCUCUACUGCGGCCACACCUUCUGCCAGGCCUGCCUGAGACGCCUUGACACCAUCCUCAAUGAGCAGCAGAUGUGGAUCCCCUGUCCACAAUGCCGGCAGAACACUCCGCUACCUCGCGGGGGAGCUACAGCCCUGGACCUGGACCUAGCAGCCUUCCUGGGGGUCAAGGCUGACUUGGACAGCCAGAGGUCCAGCCCCCAGCAGGGAGGAAGAGAACUAGGCAACCAGCUGGAGCUAAAGCCCUCAUUUGGGAAGCAGCCCAUCAUAGAGCAACCUCAGGCCACCUGGAACCAUGGAGGACUGGCUGAGCCUCGCUUCCACAGGAGCCCUUGCUGCAGGCGCUUCUUCUGCUGCUGGUGGUGCUGCUAGGAUGCAAGAGUUUAAAGCAUCUGGGCAGCAGUAUUCCCAUUACAGUGCAAGCUGUAAUUGAUUAUAGGAAUGCCUGGGCUUCCAAGGCUAAAACAAUGGAAAAUAUAGGUUAACUGCGUGAUCUGACCAAGGAAAAAUUUACUACUACUAAAAAAAAAACCACUACUGGCUAGAACAGUGUUCACGAGACUGACAAAGUUGUGGGGGACAACAUUUUUUCCCCACUUCGUGGGAGAAAGAACGUUUCAGCACUCAAAAUGGGACGCUGGAUAAAGACCUCAAUGACCUCACCUACAACCGAAAGACUCCUCUGCCUCCUUUCAACUAUGCAGUUGGAGCUAUUGGUACCUUGAUUAUUGAAAGUCCAUUAUUUUAUACACACUUCAUUGAGUUAUAGUAUAAUUUAUCUAGCCACUCUAGAAUAUCCCAUUAGUGUUCAAUUGGGUUGAGAUCUGGUGACUGAUAGUCAUCAAACCAUUCAGUGACCAUUCGUGCCCUGUGGAUGGGGCAUUGUCAUCCUAGGGUAAGCCAUGGUAGCUCAAAUAUGCCUGUCCAGCAUUUUUAUGCAUGACCCUUAAUUAAUUUACAAACCACACCUGUGUGGAAGCACCAGCCUUCAAUAUACUUCGUAUCCCUC